AUGCGGCGCGACAAUCUGUUUCUCCCCCUCGAACGUGGUGGUCUAGGAUUAGUACACCUCUUCGUCAGGCAAAUUGUUUCUCGCCUAUUUUUCUUUCGAGACAGUGACCAUCCGUUCUUGCGUGAAAUGUUGCAACUGCGUUUAGUUCAUUAUGUUCCUAACAUAGUAGUGUCAUCAAAUGUCAAAGAUGUCCCACAGGCUCCUUGGGGCUUUCUCAAGGAGGUUGUUGAUACAUUUCUUUUCUUGAAAGUUAGAUUCAGCCUGGAGUACGUGUUCACAGCGAGUCGAAAAGCAAUUUCUGCGGCACUGGUUGACUCUAUUUUCCCAGAUCCUUUGUAUCGUGCACCUUAUUUAAAUCGACCUUAUCAGGAUGUACUUAAACGCGUCCGAAAAAUGUGUGUGCCUCCUGGAGUUAAAACAUUUUUCUUUAAAUUACAUUCGGAAACACUCCCUGUUAAAACUUGGUUGAAUUCGAGGGGUUGCUUUGUGCCAUGGUCAACAAACUGUCGGCUCUGUCCACGUGCCGAAACCAUAGAUCACUGUUUCAUAGACUGUAGGGAUGCUGUAUUUUUUUGGGACAUUCUCCAACGGACACUUAAAAAGGACAUUCACAUAACUCCAUACUCAAUUAGCUUUCUACCGUUUAACGUUACAGGUGGUCCUCCCUAUGACAUGUUCAUUGUACUUGGUUUAUAUAGCCUGUGGAGAAGUAGACUCUGCGAUCGCCAUGCCGAAAGCCCGCGAACUACAAAAUCCUUUUUUCGCGACAGUGCUGCGUAUGUAAGAAGUUUCUUCGUGUCGUCCCUCUUCGUGCUGUUCUUUUUCGGAGAAGAGGCUGCGAUCCCCACAACGGAGAGCCAUUCCGAGCGCCAGGAGGCUCUCGUCAGUGAAAAGGCGUGUGGCGAUGAGAGCAACGUUCUCCGGUAUUCUUCGGGCAAUGCUUUAUGGUCCCCGGGCACGUUUGCCUUGCGCCAGAAGGCACGUUCCUGA